GGAGUUGUAGUCCGCGGUUGGCUGAGGGACGCUGACUCGCUUCCCCAGCGUGCCGCGCGCAAAGCCCGCGCGCUCGCUCUCCCUCUUCACCAGCCUGUCUCGCAGUAGUCGGUCUUCUCAGUGAGGAGGUGGCGGCAGGGGCAGCGGCGAGGGCGACGACGACGACAGCCCAGGCGUGCGGGCGAAGGGGGAGGGUUUGAGCGAAGGGGCGGCGGCGACGCGGCUCAGUCCGACCAUGUCGGGCGAAGAGGAGGCGGCCGAGCUGACGAUCGCGGAAGACGCGGUGGUGAACAAGUACAAGAUGGGGGGAGAAAUCGCCAACCGAGUCUUGCGUACCGUAGUAGAAGCGGCAAAAUCAGGAGUGUCUGUCCUCAGCUUAUGUGAAAAAGGGGAUGCCAUGAUCAUGGAAGAGACAGGCAAAAUCUUUAAGAAAGAGAAAGAGAUGAAGAAAGGUAUUGCCUUCCCCACAAGUAUAUCGGUAAAUAACUGUGUCUGUCACUUCUCCCCUUUGAAGAGUGACCAGGAUUACAUCCUCAAAGAUGGUGACUUGGUCAAAAUUGACCUGGGAGUCCAUGUUGAUGGCUUCAUAGCAAAUGUAGCACAUAGUUUUGUCAUUGAUGCUUCAAAGGAAACUCCAGUGACAGGUCGCAAAGCUGAUGUCAUCAAAGCAGCUCACCUCUGUGCUGAAGCAGCCCUGCGCUUGGUCAAGCCUGGAAACCAGAACUCACAAGUGACAGAUGCCUGGAACAAGAUAGCUCAUUCAUUUAACUGCACACCAAUUGAAGGGAUGCUGUCACACCAGCUAAAGCAGCAUGUGAUAGAUGGCGAGAAGACCAUCAUCCAGAACCCCACAGACCAGCAAAGGAAGGACCAUGAAAAAGCAGAGUUUGAGGUCCAUGAAGUUUAUGCCAUCGAUGUUCUCAUCAGCACUGGAGAAGGAAAAGCCAAGGAUGCUGGACAGAGAACUACAAUUUACAAAAGGGACCCCUCCAAGCAGUAUGGCUUGAAAAUGAAAACUUCCCGUGCCUUUUUCAGUGAGGUGGAGAGACGAUUUGAUGCUAUGCCAUUCACUCUCAGGGCAUUUGAAGAUGAAAAGAAGGCCAGGAUGGGAGUAGUAGAAUGCGCCAAACAUGAGCUGCUCCAGCCGUUUAAUGUCCUCUAUGAGAAGGAAGGAGAGUUUGUUGCUCAGUUUAAGUUUACGGUGCUUUUAAUGCCCAACGGUCCCAUGAGGUUAACCAGUGGCCCUUUUGAGCUUGAACUCUACAAAUCUGAAUUUGAGGUGCAAGAUGCAGACCUGAAGGCACUCCUACAAAGCUCAGCAAGCCGUAAGGCCCAGAAAAAGAAGAAAAAAAAGGCCUCUAAGAAUGCUGAGAACGCCACAACAGGAGAAACAGCAGAUGAGAAUGAAACCGGCGACUGACUCUUGACUUCCUUUGCCUAGCACCUGAUUCUUUCUCUCAUAUGCCCUUACCCAAAACAAGAGAAACAAAUAUCCCUUAAUGGCUGUUUGUCUUAUAGGACCAAAUGACAAACAGCCUGGACUUCCCACAGAAUGCAACCAGCAGUGACUGACUUUGCUCUGAGGAAGGAGUCCCUUGGCCACUUCAGAAUACGUUUAAAAGUAUGAAAUAAUAAAAUCAGGAGGGGAAACGUAGUUAUAUCCAAUCUUCCUAAAAUUUGAUACUACUCGUGCUCAUUGCAGGUGAACAAAUGCAGUUUUGAGCAAGAGAGUGAGCUUUCCUCUAGCUCUUUCUCCUCCCCUUUCCAUUUCUUUUCUCUUUUUUUUACAGGUACUUUGAUUAAUCUGAAAAAUCUUUACAUACCUUCCCCCUCAAGUGCUAAAACUGGUAAAAAUCCAUCUUGGGUUUAGAAUUGUAUUACUGGCAGUUAGUAUAAUUUGCACGCCUCCUUUCUAUUUGGAACAUCAGUCAUUUCUUCCCAUCUUAAAUCUUUGCAAAUUCAUCUCUCUCCCCCCCACACACACACAUACUUGUUUUUAAUCCUUGUGUUUUUAACACUGGCACAAAAUUGCUAUGAGUUCAUUUUUCUGUUAGCAUCACUUUGUGUCUACAGACAUUUUCAUUUUUUAAUUCAUUUGUGUGGCUUUCUAGCUUUUGAUUAUCAUUCUAGUGUGAAUGAUGAAUUGCUUUCCUUGGAAAACCCUUUCCCAAAUCCAGAGGCAAUAAAACUGAUACCUACAGGAGCCUGCCAGCUCUUGGUUGAGGCUUCCUGAAACUCACAAGGGAGCUGAUCCUUUGCUUUGACCUGUCCUGCAUGCACUUGCUUUCCAAGUAUUGAAACCUGUUGCUGUUCUAAUUUUAUGUAUAGCAGGAUUUUUUAGAGGAAUUCCCUCUAUACAGCUUUUCUAAAUGAAUGAAUGAAUGAAAUGCUACAGAAGUGGUUGGACCUGGAAUAGACUCCAUUGUGGGAAUCUCUUUUCUAUAAUAUGUCUUUUUAAAUUGUCCAGAUGAAUUGUAUAUGAUUGUGUGAGUUUUUUUCUAUCUUAUUCCAAAUCAGGUCCUGUAUAGGCACUUAUUGUAGCUGAGUGGAAAGAUGUAUUCCUGUAAAACUGCCUCAUAUGGAGGCGGAGCACUAUUGUGCUCUGGCAGGCAAAAUCCUUCUUGACCAAUAUAUCUGGAGUUUAAUAUUUAAAAAAAAUACACAAACACCUUAUAGUUACUACCAAAGUUUAAAUCCACUAAAAGAAAUUAAAAUAUGUUUUUUUCUGAACUACUUUUCCAUCACUCUUUGUAAACUUUCUAUUUUAAUUUCUAAUCUCUGUUGUUCUUUUGUAAGGGUUGCUUUCAGUGCUGAGUCUGGGAGGUAAAAUGGGGAGUGUGUUGGGUAGGCUGAAUCACUUGAAAAUGGCAAACUUGGAGGAUCAUGCACAAGACCUGCAAUUAACUGCCAGUUUAGUUUUAAACAACUCCCAGUUGUUAACCUUGAACUUAAGGGAGAAAGGGGGAGGGUGGGGGGGGAAGAGAUAAGGAUACGUUCCUAACAAGGAACAUUUUAGCAUUUAUAAGUAAUACAUUUUCUUAUUGCCCUUCCAUAAAGGAAAGGCUGAGUUCAGCCACCGUGACCAGUUUAUAAACCACUAAGACUUGUGGGCGGUUUAUUUAAUUUUCUAUCUUUAUUUGGAAUUUUAAGGCAAUUGUAUCUCUUGGUUUAAAAAAAAUGGCAGUUGGAAAUUUUGGAACAAAAUUCCCACAAACUGUUCUGUAAUUGAUUUCUUCCAAAUAAAAUUGAUUAGUGACA